AUGAUUAUCAUUGCACUUGCAAAAUCUUUUGCAGACACAGUCAUCACGAUUGAUGAUGUAGUCGCGACGGCUCUCAUAGCCAGGGUGUCGAUUGAAUUAUUCCUGAUCGGCAAAAGUGACUAUAUUCCCAAGGAGUCUCCGUACAGGUGCAGUUUGCAUCAUGAACUUCAACGAGUUUGA